AGAGAGAACCCUUGAGUAGGUGUGUCUAAACUUUUGACUGUAUAUAAUUAGUAGAAAAUUAUACUACUUCUUUUGAAAAUGCAAAUAAUUUUGUUCACUUAUAAGGAAUAGGAAGUACAUCACAUGCCAUUGUCCAACUUGAAUUGCAACACUUCAGUUUGUCAGAACUCACUAUGGGUGUGAUAUCAUCUCCUUUUCUGUGAUCGCUUUUCAAGAUCGUAAGGUGAUCAGUAGUGUGUGAGUUCUCACAUGGCUUGUCCUGAGAACAUGUUUUUUCUCAUUGUCCUCUUUAUAUCAGGUGAGUCUUACACACAACAACAACUAGUUAUGAAUCAGACAGAGGAAUAAGUACAAGGGAUGAUGUUUCAUACUAUGAGCUGUAUUCCCAUCUGUCUCAAAUGUAUAGAACAGAGUAGUUUAAUAGUCUGGAUUCAAACAUUGUGCUCCAGAUAUGUUCAUGAUCCAGUUUAGGGCAUGGAGUUGUGACAUCAGGUAUAUAUUUUUAGCUGCAGAGAGAGUGACUGUACUGAAAAGAUCACAUAACCUCCCUGAUGUUGUCCUUUAUGUUGCAGGUGUUUUGGCCUGCUUUGGCCAACGAGAUUUGAACACCACAAUGCCAGAUAGACUGGAUGUACUGACUGGCUCCUGUAUGCAAAUCCCAUGUUCAUUUGAUAUUCCUGACCAACAUAAGGAUACAUUUAACAGCACAAUACUACCCUCUGGUGUGUGGAUUAAAGAAAACUCAAACUUUGGUGAGCGUCCGGACAAUGUGAUAUUUAACAGCAGUAAGACAGUCAACAGAUAUCAAGGGAAGAUAACUGGAAACAUGUUCCAGAAGAACUGCACCACAGUCUUCUUCAAUGUAACCACCAAUUACACUAAUAUAUACUUCUUCAGGAUUGAGAAUCGACCAUUCCUUGCAACAGAUCCUGAUAAGUCUGUUAAUAUAGUUGUCAGUGAUUUGCCUUCCAGUCCCAUCAUUACUGUCUCAGGUGAGGUGAAGGAAGGGACCCCUGUCAGUUUGAACUGCUCUGCUGUCGCUCCCUGUCCCGAACACCCCCCUGAGCUGACAUGGACUCUCCCAACACAGUUCACACCUGAGAACCAACUAAAGGAGAAUUCAGACCAAACCAAAUCAGUUCUCUCCACGGUGACCUUCACUCCGUCAUAUCUUCAUCAUGAGAAGAACAUCACUUGUACUGCAGUCUACCCAGCAGGGACAAGCAACAAGAGAGCUGAACAUAACAUGAUGCUUAACGUUUCAUUCUCUCCUAAGGACACCUCGGCCUCCAUCAUUCGAGCUGAUUCAGUGUUAGUGGGCAGCUGUGUUAAUCUGACCUGCAGCAGUACAGCCAACCCUCCUGUGACAAACUUCACCUGGUUCAAGAUCAGUGGGGGUAAAACAACACAGGUAGCAUCUGGACAGAGUCACACCCUCAAUGUUACUGUUGAUGGAGGACUGUACUACUGUGAAGCAAGAAAUAGUCACGGCUGUGGGAAAUCGAAUGAAGUGCAGCUGGCUAUAAAAGGUCAAGAAGAGGUUAUUGGGGUUGCAGCAGGAACUCUGGGGGCCUUUUUGCUUAUCAGCCUGAUCAGUCUUUUUGUAUGGAGGAGAAACUCGAGGCUCCAUGAUGGACUUGAAAGGACAGACAGUCCACAGGGACAGAACUCCCCGGUUGGGACAGUGUGUACUAACCAGGCCACAGCCGGAGAGGAACCAGAGGAACCUGCAGAAGACCAGCCUGAAGAGAUCCACUACGGUGACAUAGACUUCUCCAAACUACAGACCAAAGAGACCCCAGCUGCAGCCCAGGACAGGGUCCAGGGACAGGAGAGUGAGUACGCUGAAGUCAACGUGACUGGGAGAGAGGCUCAGGAACCACCACUUAACCACCUAGAUGGGCUUUAUGCACAAGUGACUAAAUAAGUGCUUGUUAAUUAUUUUUCCAAUGUGUAUUAAGUGUUUUUAUGUACAGUAUUGUCAUUGUGUUUCUUGCUUCAUGUUGGUACUUCUCUUGCAUUAAUAAUUGUGUGCUCUUUGAUUAUCUGCAUAUUUGUAGAAUUUUCUGGGAUGAAAAGUGUUUUACUGUUACUAUGAUGAUGUAGGCUACUCUUUAUUUUGAGUGUUGAGUUCAACUAGCUCACUGAAGGCAGAUUAAGACCAUAUAAAGUCAAUGAUGACUGAGGAGAAAAGACACAGUUAGUUUUUUAUUUUACGAGGCAAGUCAGUUAAGAACAAAUUCUUAUAUUCAAUGAUGGCCUAGGAACAGUGGGUUAACUGCCUGUUCAGGGCAGAACGACAGAUUUGUACCUUGUCAGCUCGGGGAUUUGAACUUGCAACCUUCCGGUUACUAGUCCAACGCUCUAACCACUAGGCUACCCUGCCGCCCCAGUUGGAGAGACAGUGGUCUGAUACAAGACAUGAAGUUGGUGCAGGAAGUCUACAUGACGGCAGAAUGGUGUUAACAUCUACUAGUCACUGUUUCUCUUAUUAUUUUGUGCAGUUCCCAGAAUAACAAUAAUAUCUAUUUUCAGUUUAUAUCUAUUUAGAAGUAAUUGUUUCAAUUUUUAUGUUGAGUGUUAAAUCGAAGGAACAAUUGAGACUGCAUUUCAGGUUGUUUAUUAAUUGCACUGUAAUUAAAACCUUUACAUUCAA